AUGGCGAAAAAGACUACGCGAGAUGGCGCAGAGAAACCGAAAGAAGGAAAGAAUACGCGAGAUAUUACGGUGCGACAGCUGUCUGGGAAGGAAUGCUCAUUCAGAGUGCUGCGAGACAUGACAGUCCGUGAGUUGAAAAUCGCCCUGCAUGGGUGGCUCUCCUGCGAAGAUGAAGCAAAGCGCGACGUGAGCUCGGUGGAAGUGGUUGUUGGAGACCAGCCCUUGUUGAACGACCAGGAGAUGCUGUCAGAGGACAUGGGCCCAGUUCUGGCUUUCUUUAGCGUAAAACCGGUGACGUGCUCAAGCUUCCAAGCCUCCCGCAACAAGUGUGAAGAUUUGCGCGUGGUGGAUAUUCCACAAGGAGAAGGAAGGGUUGAAGAAGGGGCUUUCAUGCACUGUGGCUUUUUGGCAAGCGUGACCAUCCCCAACUCCGUGACUGUGAUAGGAGAUGGUGCCUUCCAAGGUUGCAGCUCAUUGGCAAACGUGACCAUUCCCCACUCAGUCACUAGUAUUGGAGGAAGUGCCUUCCGAGAUUGCCGCUCAUUGGCAAACGUGACCAUUCCCCACUCGGUCACUCGUAUUGGAGGAAGUGCCUUCCGUGAUUGCCGCUCAUUGGCAAACGUGACCAUUUCCGACUCUGUGACUGAGAUUGGAGAAAGUACCUUCCAGGAUUGCUGCUCAUUGGCAGACAUGACCAUUCCCAACUCAGUCAAUCGUAUUCCGAGAGGUGCCUUCCGAGGUUGCAGCUCAUUGAAAAGCGUGACCAUUUUCGAGUCUGUCACUGAGAUUGGAGGAAGUGCCUUCCAGAAUUGCCGCUCACUAGCAAACGUGACCAUCCCCAACUCCGUGACUGUGAUAGGAGCUAGUGCUUUUGAAGGUUGCAGCUCGUUGGCUAACAUAACCAUCCCCGACUCAGUCACUCGGAUUGGAAGUUAUGCCUUUCAAGGUUGCAGCUCAUUGGAAAUCGGAAGACGAGAGGGGGCACCUUCUUUGGGAUCCCACUGA